UGGAUAAAGUUAGUGUAGAUGAAAUAGAAAUAUUUGCUAUUAAAAUAAAUACUAUCAAUUUACUUAACGAAAAGUGGAUAUGACAAAUUUUAAGAACAAAAAACCUCAUUAGUGGCUUCUAUAUUAGAAAAUCCUGUUAUUUAUUUUACUUUGGGUAUUUAUAUUACAUGUAAUACAUUUAUCACACAUGUGGCAUCUCUUUUGCUAGUUUGACAGUUUUAAAAUUUACAUGUUUUCUGAAUUCCCAAUUUUCCCUUCAUUUUCAUUUUCGCUUUGUGCUGUGCUGUUUUCUCGUAACAUUAGCUUGUUUGCGAUCGCAGAUUUAGUUAUAAAAAUUUAGGUGAAACAACCAAUAUUAGCUGUAAUUAAAUAAAAAGAGUUCACUAAUUGAAAAAGAACGGUUGAUACACGCCUUCUUUGUAAUAAACGUUGCGAGUGAAACCUACAAUUGUAAGGGCUCAAGCUAAACGAAAAAGAAUUGAAACCGAAUGAACGAGGACAAAAGAAAAAAGAAAAGGUUGCGAAAAUAACAAAUUCGGUUGCUCAAGCAACAGUGGUGUUGCAUGAAUUUGUAGGCAGACGCCACUUGCCACAUUUUCAGCACCAUUAGGUAGCGGAACCUACAAGAAAAUGGGUUACGAUUUACAUCGCUUUCAGGGUGAAGUAGAUGAAGAGCUCACUUGCCCCAUAUGCUCAGGUGUACUUGAAGAGCCGCUACAGGCGGCAAUGUGUGAACAUGCUUUUUGUCGUGCAUGCAUUAACGAAUGGCUCACCCGUCAGCCCACCUGCCCAGUAGACCGCAACGCAUUAAAUACCGCAAAUUUGCGCGCCGUGCCGCGUAUACUUCGUAAUCUGCUUUCACGACUUUCCAUCACCUGCGAUAAUGCGCCAUAUGGUUGCACAUUGGUACUCAAGCUGGAUGCACUAAACUCUCAUCUUGAAGAGUGUGAACAUAAUCCAAAACGUCCAUUGCCGUGUGAAAAAGGAUGCGGUUUUGUUAUACCCAAGGACGAGCUAAAGGAUCACAAUUGCCUACGAGAAUUGCGUUCCAUGAUACAUCAACAACAAAUGAAAAUGGGAGAACUUAAGACAGAGAUCGGUGAUCAAAAUUUGGUCAUCAAUGAGUUGAAGCGUGAGUUGCAACUAUUCAAAGACUUUAUGCGCGCAAUGCGCGUUUCCAAUCCAGCUAUGCGAGCGAUUGCCGAUCAGAUGGAACGUGAUGAGGUGAUACGCUGGAGUUCUACUUUGUCACGGGCACGAGUAACACGCUGGGGUGGUAUGAUCUCAACACCGGAUGAUGCACUACAGAUGAUGAUAAAACGCGCAUUGUCCGAAUCUGGCUGUCCACCACACAUACUGGAUAAUCUUAUGGAGAAUUGCCACGAAAGACGCUGGCCACGGGGCUUGAGUUCGCUAGAGACGCGACAGAAUAAUAGACGCAUCUAUGAUAACUACGUCUGCCGACGUAUACCAGGCAAACAAGCUGUGUUGGUUUUAAGCUGCGAUAAUGCUCAUAUGUCCGAAGACGUAAUGGUGGAACCGGGUUUGGUAAUGAUUUUUGCUCAUGGCAUAGAAUAAAUGCGCACAAGUUACAUGUAGAAAUACACAAACAAUUUAAAGAAAAACUCAAAAAGACAAACAAAUUAAUUAAAAUAAUAAAACAGGCAAAAAAAAAGAGAAAAAAAGUAGACGUGCAUGCAAACCUAAAUAUGUGCACAUCUAAGCUAUCUUAAACAUAGCGGCAAUUGCGUCAGCUUGAGCAUAAAAUUUUUUCUUUAAUUAAGCAGCUACAAGAUUGUGCGAGACACAUUGACACAUUAGCGAAAUUUUAAGUAUUGAACAGCCAAAUCUUUAAUGGACUUUAGACUUAUAAAAAUUUACUCUUGCAAUUACAUAAAUAACUUUGAGAUUUUCCUUAACAUUAAAUAUACUUAAUUUUGUUUUACUUUUUUAAUUAAUUUUGUUUUAAUUUGUUGUACAAAAUAUCGAAAUGCACUUGAGAUUUAUUUUUACACAUGUGUAUAUUCAAAUUUAAAAACGAAAAAUUACAACAAUUGUUUUAGUUUUAGUAUAAUAAUUCCUAAAGUGGCUUAGUUUGGCAGUAAAUUGAUAAAAAGCUUUAUAAUUUGCAACCGCAUAGGUUUAAUUGAGGCGGCGUUGUAUAUAAACGCACUGAAUUUCAACGGCGGCGCUUGGUCUCUGCCUGCAAGUUUAAACAGAAAUAAAAAAACUGUUUAUGUAGUUAUUAAGUACGCUUCAAAAACAUAUUUUUCAAAUGCAUAUUCGAAUUUCAUUAGCUUAUGAACUUUUCAACUGACUGCAUAAUUAUCAUUGUCUAUUAUAUAAAUUAAAAGUGUGAAUUUUAUUUACAUAAAACAAACCAACUGCACCGUA